AUGGCUCCAAAGCAACAACCGACACAGUCGUACUGUACGAAACGAAGCUAUUCAGAAGACAAACCUCAUCGGUCCAACGAGAAGUUGCAGGGCGAAGAAUUCGGCGAAAAGAGCUUCUUCUCACAUGGCUUGACCACGGCACCCGAUCGCGAGACGGCCUGUCACGAUGAACUAGACUUACUCGACUCCCAUCAAGCUAGUUAA